UGACGGAAGUUCCCAGGGAAGAAGAGAGGAGCAGCGAUGGUGCGGGUGAAGAGGAGGUAUUUACUGUGUGAAGUCAACGUGUCGAAGCGGAGCGACCUGCUGCAGCUGGAUGACCGGGCUGUGGCGACGGCGGUGCGGGCAGCGGUGGCUCUCACACACGGGGACUAUGGAGCAGCUCACUGCCUCAUCGGCUUCUCUGUGAAAUAUCUGAACGCUCAUACUGGAAUGGUAUUUCUACGUUUCCCCAAAAGUUGUUACAAACUCCUCUGGUCUGCAUUGCCUUUCAUAACAAGUAUUGAAGCUCGUGGCAAGAAAAUUCCAUGUUUUCUAAACUGUGUGCAUGUGGGAGGAACAAUUAGGACAUUUCAGAAGUUUCUGAUCCGAUACAACACCCAACAGCUCCACAGAAUGCUCCCUAAAUGUAAAGAUGAAGAGGAAAAACAACAGGUUCGUGAAGCAAUUCUUCAAUGCAACCUACCAGGAGGAAAGAAGGAGGCUUCUGAGGACGAGUUAGAGAGUGAAGAAGAUGAAGAAGAGUGACAUCACAGCAUGCAGUCAAAGAUGGCAGCUUCUUCCAAGAGACUAACUUUGAAUAUUUUUAUAAAGAACUAACGGGAGGGAAGAAAUGCAACUGUGGAAACAUGGUUUACUGCUGCUCUUCGGUGGGUUUUGACCCAAUGAAAACUGACUUCAACAGAGGAAAACGUUAAGUUAUGUUUGUCACAUUGAAAAUGUGGGUUUGCAGGUUGGCCUGAUGGUCGUCAUGAAUAUAAUUUCACAGCAAGGUCUUGUUUAAUGCUACGUCAAUACUAUUUAAACAAAAAUUAUCAACAUCCACACACUAGUGUUUUAACUAAGUUUAAAACAAAAAAAUUGUGUGAAUGUAGCCUAAUGCUGAUACUGAAUUUGCAUCUAAUUUAUUUUGGAUAACUUUAAAUUAUUAGAUUUGCAUCGCAAAAUAAGACCAUGAUCGAAUCCUGGAGAAACUGGUUAGGAGACACUUUUCAGGUUUCAAUGAAUUUGUUUUGUACUUUUUUACUCUUUUGUUUAUUUUGUUUUGAAAAAAUAAAUUCAUAACAUUGUUGGUAUA